GCCACACACACACACACCGCACACUCACAGACGAGACACGAACAUUGGUGCGCUCUGCUGCUGCUGCUGCUGCCCGUGGUGAGAAAGCUCGGACACACGAUGCGUCAGAGCCCCCAAAGAGGCGCGCAGGCAGCACACCCAUGAACACCCCACACGCUUACUGCCUGCCCUGUCCUGCCUGCCUCCCGCGUCUCCCUGUGUGUCUCUCUCUGUCUGUGUCUCGGUGUGUCUUGUGUGUGAGAGGUGCCUGGAAAAGGCCAUACAUAUGUGGCGUGUGGGCAUGGUCCCUUUGGCCUCUACGUGGAUGCAGGCAGGCAGAGAAAACACGCAUUCGCACAGCACACGUCUGAGAGUGAGUAGGGCCUACCUAUACAGAGCCCCCCCCCUCCCGCCCCCUCCCGCCCCCUCCCGCCCUCCCCCCUCACCCACCACACCACACAGAGAGAGAGGUCCCUAACAAGCAAGGCAGGGCUCAUAUCGUAGUGGAUGUAUCGCCCGACUGCGUAAGGCCCAUGGAAUGGUAUGGUAUGGUAUGGUAUGUUGUGUUGUGGGUGGUGGGUGUGAUGUGUGUCGGACGGAUAACUGUGGGUGUGAUGCCUUCGAGUCGAAUUCUUAUCCAGCAUUCCAUUCCUAAUGAGCUAGAAAAUGGGCCAAAUGGGCAGUAGGCAGAAGAGCACCACCCGCCCGUCCGUCAGAAGAACCAAGAACCAACCAGCGCUGGAUCGAGCCGGCGCCCCUCCCUCCCUCCAUCAUAUGUGUGUAUGUGUAUCCGCCUGCCUCUCCAAUAUCUUCUUGCUACAUCUCUAUCCCUCGCCAAAUCCAUCCAUCCACCCACCACAUCAGCCGGCCCUGGCCCUCUCGCCGUCAGAGACACACUCCUCCAGAGGCACCCAGUCCACUUGCGGGUCGGAGUGGUCCACACGCCUCACAUCCCACCGACCGGCCCCGCUGCUGCCGCGGCCCCUCUUGCUGGUGGUCUUGGUCUUGGUCUUGCCCCCCUUGCCCUUGCGUUUGUUGAUCUUCUUGGGUGGGAUGACGCCCCCCGCCAGCACGCACAGCAUCUUCUGCACGGGUGUCCUUGGCUCGUGCAUGUGGGGGGUGUCCUCGAGAAGCAACUUGGCGAACCCCACGGCCGGCCUGACCACGGGAGUGUAGUUGUCCAGCGUGUAGGACGUCAUGAUCACGGCAGCGUCCUCACCAUCACCAUCCCCACCACCGACAGUCGUCACCACCGUCGCACCAAGCGCAUUGAGAGCCGAGAAUGGCGCCAGCAUGUGGUCGCUUGACCCACCGCCAGACAUCAGUGGCCAUGACGACGGCGACGCGCCCUCGUCAUUGUCAUUGGCAGCUGAUGAGUCGAUGGGCGAUGUGGAGGUAGUGGUCUUGUGUUUGGGGGGUGUGAGGGGGGCGUGGCGGGGCGGGGGGGUGCAUGGGGGAGAGGCAGAGGGAGAGGGAGGUGCCGGGGGAGGGAUCGGUGAGGGUGGCGGGUGUUGGUAGGGGGCGGGGACCAUUUUGUUGGCGGAGGGAGACGACCGCCACCACACCUGCUCGUGAGACUGACAGGAAGACAGACACAGAAGGAGAAAUGCAGACGGACAGACGGAUGGAUGGAUGGAUGGUGAGGGAAAUCAUCUAUUUAUACGCACCCCUUGGCAGCAUGUCUGUCCGUCCACACUGACGAGUCCAUCCCGGACCAGGCCGUGGAACAGAGCCAGCGCCGGACUCUCGCCACGAUCCGCACUCUCAAAACCUACACAGACAGACGCAUGCAUGCAUGCGACAAAGACACACACAUGCAUGGCAUGACCGGAUGUCAGUCAUCCGUGUCUCUGUGUGCAUGCAUUACUCUACUUAGUGCUCACCUGGCGGAGGGAAGACCACCCCAGUGCCCUUAGUGCUGCCGCUGCUGCCGCCGUUGGCCCCACUGACACUGACGAGUGCGGGCGGGUACAUCUGGCCGGCAGAGGCACGUGUGUCGUCACCCUUGCCCUUGCCCUUCUUAUUGUUGUCCUUCAGUGCCGCUGUGUCGGUGCGGUCGGCUGGCGGCACUUUGCUGCCCUUGUUGCCGCUCGUCUGUGGAGGCGACUUGUCGGGCGUGUCGUCGAGGAGGGCGCCGGGGAUGCACUGACGCGCGCUGCCGCUGCUAGAGCGACCAUCCCUGCAAACAUGGAUGGAUGCAGGCAAACAGCCAGGAGGCAGUAGGUGUGGUCUCACUUGGUAGGUGAGUCGUUAGUGUCGUCGUGCUGCUCCUUAUGCUCGUGGCUAUCGCCGGCCGUGACCCCGAGACCCACACCCACACCCCCACUCACGUUCGCAACUACCUCGCCCCCCGCGCCCUCCUCCAUGACCACGUCCAGGCCGCACACGCCGCCACCCGCAGGUACGCUACGCUCGCCGUCAACAGACCCACUGCACGCAGCAGGAGAGAAUGGGAAGGAGAGGCCACAUUUGUGUGUGGGGUGUACCUGGUAGAGGUGGUGGGGUGUAGGUGAUUGUCUUGGUUGGUGUGUGUGGGUCGCUGCUUGGUGGUGCUCGUGGUGGCAACGGCGGCCUGGCGGCGCAUCUUCUUGCGCCGCUCCUUCUCCUCCUUAGUGAUGACGGUCUUGUCACGCAGCUCAUCCUCACCAUGGGCGAAGGCACACUGUGUGUGAACACACACAGAGGCAUCCACCAAUCCAAUCCAAGCGUGUGGCGUUUGUAGUGCGCACCCACCUCCCACCCCCACCUGGUCUCCGUGUGCACAUGUGCCGUCCUUCCAGUUGCGGCACAGCUCCGUCUUGAACUUGGCCAACAUGUCCCACCGCCUGAAUCCACACACACACACACACACACAGAGAGAGAGAGAGAAGAUACCACACAUUGUGAGCAGGGGUGAAAAUGUGUGUGGGGUCUUCUUGUUUGUUCCCUGCUCACACAGAUUUUCCUCCCCUUCCCCUCCGUCGAGUCGCUGUCCUCACGCGAAGACCUGGCGCGAGGAGCCAGCGCCCUUUCACCCACCCAAAGCACAGCACACAGCAAACGACGCGUGUGGCUAAGUCCACCACGACCCAUCCCCCCUCACUCACCCCAUCCCUCACCUGUUAGCGGCCGCAUCUCCUUCCGACCUGUUGGUGGCACUGGCCGACGAGGCGACGCUCACGCUCACAUACUCCUUAGGCAGAUACUUGACCGUCCUCGUGCUGCUGCUGGCACUGGCACGGCCGUCAGCGGCACUGGUGCUGCUGCGGAUCUCUGUGGAUGUGUGUGUGGGGUGGGGAGCGGGAGGGGGGGAGGGGGAGGGGUUGCCGGCAGCGACAGAGCUGAAGGGCUCUCCUCUGGCCGGGUCACACGAACUGGGAGGAGGGAAGGAAAAACGGCGCGAGAGAUGGCUUCUCCGAGACAUGUUCACCCUUGUUCUCCUUGUUGCGUCUUUGCUGGCUGACCGUUGGUUAGAUGCAGUGGAGGGGUUGCUGCUGCUGGCACGAGUGGUGGCUCCACUGGCAGAUGAAAACAGGCUCGGAAACGCCUUGGCGUCGUUCAGACGCAUCCACACGCUGCAUGAGAACCACCCACAGCCAGAAAACAGCAAAGAAGACCUCAGAUCUGGCAUUGCAUCACUGCAGCAGUGAUGCCAUGUAUGUCAUCGUUCCCACCUGUCCUUAUGUGUCUUGCUGCGCCGGUGGUGUGCCGCCUUGGCGCUGGUGCGACGGCCGGAUGGACCACUCAUGGGGUGCACGGCCGCACAGAGAGGUGAGGUAGAACAGAAGGGGCUUCCUGACAGGCCCACGCUUAUGGAUUA